CCAUACGUGUGCAUUCAUCGUACGUGUAAUUACUAUCGUAACAAUAAUAAUUUAUUAUAAUUUUUAUAAAUUAAUUAAUUAUUAUAUAAUAAUAAUUAUCAUCUGAAAUCGUGACGUUGUCCAAACGCGGCGAUGUACCGGAAAACCGAACGACCCGUUGUCGACUACUGUAACGUCCAUUGACGUUUUCAGGUUGAAAAUCGAAGUCUCGUAAAUCCGUCAUCAGUACAACUCGUGCACUCUUGAGGCGUUGUUCAUAUUACGUUUCACUACAAUAUUUUUAAUAAAAUCUUUCAAUAAAGCUGAUCAUCACUAUGGAUAGCAACGAUCAUAUUGACGAGGAACAACUUGAACCGUCUCUACAGAACGUGAUCAGCCAAGAGAGUUUGAAAUGGAUAUUCGUUGGUGGCAAAGGAGGUGUUGGUAAAACCACUUGCAGUUGCAGUCUUGCCAUUCAGUUGUCCAAAGUGCGUGAAUCAGUACUUCUCCUAUCCACUGAUCCAGCACACAACAUAUCCGAUGCUUUUGGACAAAGAUUUACCAAGGCGCCCACUAAAGUUGAUGGUUUCAAUAAUUUAUUUGCUAUGGAAGUCGAUCCAAAUGUACAUAAUGACAAUGAACAAUUAUUUGGUGACGGAGAAGAAUCUGAUACAAUGAGGUUAGGUAAGAGUAUCGUUCAAGAUAUUAUUGGUGCAUUUCCAGGUAUUGAUGAAUCAAUGAGUUACGCUCAAGUAAUGAAAUUGGUUAAAAAUAUGAACUUCUCAGUAGUUGUGUUUGACACAGCUCCUACAGGACAUACACUGAGGCUUCUGACAUUUCCUCUGAUGAUGGAAAAAGCUAUAGAAAAACUUUUAGAAUUGAAAAACAGAGUAGGCCCAUAUCUAACUCAAAUGAGUAUGCUUUUUGGUGCUGGUAUCAAUGUUGAUGAUAUUUCACAAAAACUUGAAGAAAUGUUGACUACCAUUAAAACUGUAAAUCAACAAUUCAAAAAUCCUGAUCAAACAACUUUUGUUUGUGUAUGCAUUGCUGAAUUUUUGUCUCUGUAUGAAACGGAAAGACUUGUUCAAGAAUUAACUAAAAAUGAGAUUGAUACCCAUAAUAUUGUUGUCAACCAGUUGUACAUAAACAAUGGAGAUUCAGAUCCCAAUUGUAAAAAAUGUGCUUCCAGGCGAGCAUUGCAACGGACUUAUCUUGAACAAAUAAAUGAUUUAUAUAUUGACUUCCAUAUUACCAGACUUCCUUUGUUGGAAAAAGAAGUUCGAGGGGUUGCAGAUAUUUCAGAGUUCUCCAACUAUUUAGUAUAUCCAAAUUAUGCUUUUAAUAAAAAUAAAUAACAAACAUUGGUUUUUAUUUUACAAUCUAAGCAUAAUUUGUCUAUAAUGCAUGAACAUGUAAAAACUACAAAAAUAAAUGCUUUUACCUA